ACUCAGUGUUGGUGCCUGGGAGGACCGGGCGAUUCUGGCCCGGCUGAAGGAGAAACUGCAGACUGAAGAGGGACGGCUGGUCCUCCGGAUCGAACAGGAAGACUGGAAGUCGCUGCCGGGCUGCUUGAUCCAGUUCACCCAGGUCCAGGAGUGGCAGAUCCACCGGACCGGCCUUCAGAAGAUCCCUCAGUUCAUCUCCAGCUUCCAGAACCUCAUAGUUCUGGAUCUGUCCCGAAACGGGGUCUCAGCGAUCCCCAAACCUAUCGGGCAGCUGACCCGCCUCAAAGAGCUGCUGCUGAGCUACAACAGGAUCGAGUCUGUUCCUGAAGACCUGAGCGGCUGUGAGAGUCUGGAGAGGCUGGAGCUGGCCAUGAACCGGGACCUGAGUGAGCUGCCAGACCAGGUACUGACCACAGAUCAGUUACAGACCAGGUACAGAUCAGAGACCAGGAUGGAGAGGCUGCACACCCUGUGGCUGCAGAGGAACGAGCUGCAGAGACUCCCAGAGAACAUCGUCCGGAUGCAGAACCUGACCACGCUGGUCCUCAGCAGCAACCGACUGUCAGACAUCCCCCCGCUGAUGGAGGACAUGUCCAAACUGCGCUUCGUCAACUUCAGAGACAACCCUCUGAGUCUGGAGGUGACGCUGAGGGAGGGGGAGGAGGAGGAGGAGGAAGAGGACAGGGAGUUGUUUGGGAGAGAGUUCAUGCAGCUUUACAUCCAGGAAGCCAGGAAGAGAGCGCACGCCUUCCUCAACAUCCACCGAGCCAACAGCUUGCAUCAUUCACUUUAACAUCUGGACAAACACAGACUCUGAUAUGAGCCAACACUCCAACUUACUGAGGUCCUUAACCUGUUCUUUUUAAAGAGUCCUCUCCUGCUGAUGUUCAGGUGUAUAUCAGUAUGUAGUGUCUCUACU